UUACUUUCUACUUUCGCAUGCUCGGCAGGCAUUGGACUGAUGAAGAAUAUUUCGUUGAAAGACAUGCCUUUUUAUCAUUAAUAUUUGAUUCAUUGUGUAAAACAUGUUGUCUUCAAAACUUCAAGGAUGUGCCGUGAAAAUGCGGGCUCUUCAUUCGAGCUCAUUUCGAUGCUUUAUGUCCCCCGCAUUCGCUCUGGAGAGUGAAUGGAAGGCUCGACUCAACUCGCCCAUCUUCCAGAAACUAGAAAUGAACAAAUUUUUCGUGGAUAUAGACCGUAAGUUCCAACGCGAGCGUCGCUCCAGUCACGUGGAUAUUGAUCUCUACGCUAAUAAAGCUCAAGGGGACACUGAAUUAGAACAACUCGAGGAAUUGCUCUACCAGUUCCGCCGAACGCCACAGACUGUCCUCAAUUUACCGUCUACUCAUUUCGCCGUGGUGCGGGCCUUUGUGGAAGAAGGCAAAACGGACAAUCUCAUGCGUUUGAUGGACGACCGAUUCAAUUACGGCAUCUUUCCCGACGAUUACAGCCUGGUCUAUUUGCUCGAUCAUUUCUUAAAAAGUGAAAACUGGCGGGAUGGCGCCAAAGUUGGCAUUCAUAUGAUGAUUCAGGAAGAUAAUGCCAUUCCUGUUGCUCGAGAAAUGGCCUUGUAUGCUUGUUACAUGUACUUGAAAUAUCCGGUUCCUGAUCAAGUUUGGGCUCCACAGGAGGUUGAGCCUGAACCCGAACCUGAGGACGAGAUCAAAAUCCGAGUCAAAUACCUGGAACCGGAAUAUUUUGAUGAUCAUUUUGACUUGAUCCGGAAAGAGCAUCAAAUCGGGAAAACAUUGGCCAAGUUGGGGAAUGGCGAUCCAGAUCUGGAACUGUUGGGCUUGGUCUUUUGGGAGAAAUGGGAUUUAGUGCGAGAUCGCGCCCAAAAAGACACAUUUGCGUCCGAGACUUUGGAAUUGAUUCGCAAUCACGUGUCGUCGAUGGAAACGUUGGAGGUAAAAGAUGAGAUCUUGAAAGUGUUGAGCGGUGCCAAAUCUAGCGAUUCCAAUGUCGAGGAGAGACUGAAAAUGGCUGUCACGGAAAGCGUAAAUCAGCACGAGUCCAAGUACAUCGAAACGGAGAAGAAGAACUUUGAGGCAUGGAACGCAAAUCGUGAGAUCGCCUUACAGAAGCAAUAUCAGCUCUAUCAACGAGAAGCCAAAAAGGAAGAGAUUCUCCGAAUGAAACAAAGCCUAAAAGAAAAGGAGGAGAAGCUGUUCUUUUUCGAGAGAAAAGAUGAUUUGGACAAAAUCAAGGAAGAGAAAGAACUGGCUUGGUCCAAAACCAAACCCAGCCGAUCUUGGGGACGCAUUACACUCAAACCCAGGAAGGCUGUUCCCAAGGAUUACACACCGCCAGAAAUGGGCUCAAGGUCCACUGCCGAUAAUUAAAAAAAAGUCAACAUAUGUGGCAAUACACGUGUAUGUAUUUAACAA